AUGGUGGAAGAGGAAAGAAGGGAAUUCCUUGAAAAUUACAAGAGGGGUGACUUAGAGGAGGAGGAGGAAACGGAAGAAGACAAGGAGGACAUUCUCCCACCUGAUAAAAGUAUCCGAAGGAGAGCUGUGGGCUGGAUAAAUAAGAAGUGGGAGAAGAGGAACCUCAAGAAGAUCGAGAGAACCUAUCAGAGAGAAGCUGAGGAGGGCUAUAAGAUCGUCCACAUAGCCAUCCCUGGACACACAAGGCUAACAGCCACCAUGACACGGGCAGAGAGAGAGAGGGAGAAGAGGAAGGAGCUGCUGAAGGCUGAGAAGAGAAGGAAGAAGAUGGAGGAUUUUAAUAAGCAGUGGAGAGAGCAGUCCCUGCUUAAAAAACAAACUCAUCAGAAACUGAAGGAGGAGAGGGGGAAGAUGAAGGGACAUUACCUGGAGCAGAUGAAUCUGGAGGCUGAUGCUCAAAUCAACACCCGGUGUCUAACCACCCAACACAGCCACGAUUAUCUGGAGACAACACAGCCCACUGGAUCUGGAGAUGGCCACCAGGAAAGGCCAAGGAGGCAACAGGCAUGGGCAGAGAUCCAGGAGGGGAGUUCAGAGAACCAAGGCUGA